UCAGGACGACGUCAUAAAUGGCCGACAUACUGUGUCGUUGAUCCAGUGUGAUUGAAGUAAGAAUUUCGAUGCUACCAUGUGUGUGAGGUUUAAGUUCAGCGAGACGGUACGGGAGCGUCUCGGCAUCGUCACCGGCGUCUUACACCUUCUGCUGGCUUUGUUCGGACUGACGUUGAUUUGUUUCUCUAUCUACAUGAAGGUUCGGAUUGAAAGCAAGAUGCUUUUGUUGGAGAAUUACAGUUCGGACACGCUCCCGUAUUUUCUCAUUUCUGUUGGCUGUUUAAUGUUCGUUAUCCAUUCGUUCGGCACCAAGAUUUCUUUCGACUGCGCCUCAGUGGAAACCCGUCAACGCUUUCGUAAUGUAUUUGUCUGUUUCUUUGUCACCCUCUGCGUCCUCAGCCUGUUUGUGAUGGCUGCAGGGUGCAUGUGCUUCGCCCACAGAGGUAUCAUCCAAACCUCGCUCCACCAAGGUCUGUACACUGCGUUGAAGAUGUACAAGAGCGACCAGGGAAUCAAGGCGGCGGUGGACAGACUACAGCUGGACUUCCGGUGUUGCGGCAGCAAGAUUUACAGCGACUGGUUCCACGUCAGCUGGGUCAGCAACAAAUACCUCAACACCGAACACGAAAAUGUCAUAAAAUAUGAUUUGGAAACACACCAGAAGCUAAGGCACUUCAUCCAUCAGUCAUUGAGGAACCUGCGAGACGGCGAGCUCAUCACCGACAGCGUGCCUUUCAGCUGCUGCAGUGUCAUGUCACCCCGCCCGUGUAUACACAACCACGUGAACGACAGCAAGAUUCACAAGCACUACAGUGACGUCACGCUCUACAAACACGGAUGCACGAGCGUCCUCGGGGACUAUUUCUCUGACACAGUGCUGACACCGGCGGCCAACACAGUUUUCGUCACAUUUGGUGUUGAGCUGUUGGUCAUCAUCCUGUUCCGCCACCUGCAGACCUCCAUCAUCAGCGCCUGGGAGGAGGGAGAUGAGGCUGGUCCGGGGGACGCCUUCUGUAUCGACGGCUGUUCCAUCCUGUGUUGUGAUGGAGGUGACCCCAACAGAUACCUCAGAAAACGGGACAGGGAUGCGGAGCUGGCUGAGGAUUAUGAUACUGGAAGCGGGGGCGGGGCAGGAGGGGCGGGGGAACUAGGAGGAUCUGCCGGCGGAGAGGACAGUCACGAUGGCGGAAAGGACUCGCCUGAGAGAAAAAAGAAAGAUAAAAAAACCAAAGGCAAAGAGAAACAGAAAUCAGAAAAAAAGAAAGAUGGAAAAAGUAAGAAAAAGGGUAAAGACAGUCCUAAGAAAAACUCCAGUCCCAAAUCUGCCAAAAAAGGUUCAAAGAAGCCCAGCCCAAAAUCCAAAGGGGGGUUUAGAGGUAAAGCACGAGGAAGGCGAUAAGUGUUGACCUGUGGAUACGUUAGCAACUAUCCCCAAGGAGGAGAUGCAGCAUGUAGCCAGUGUCUUCACCGUCAUGUUAGGAAUAACCAGACUGUGUCACUACUGUCACAACAAUGCAUGCUUGGAAUACAGAUGUCACCAUUGUCACAACAAUGCAUGCUUGGAAUACAGAUGUCACCAUUGUCACAACAAUGCAUGCUUGGAAUACAGAUGUCACCAUUGUCACAACAAUGCAUGCUUGGAAUACAGAUGUCACCAUUGUCACAACAAUGCAUGCUUGGAAUACAGAUGUCACCAUUGUCACAACAAUGCAUGCUUGGAAUACAGAUGUCACUACUGUCACAACAAUGCAUGCUUGGAAUACAGAAGUCACUACUGUCACAACAAUGCAUGCUUGGAAUACAGAUGUCACUACUGUCACAACAAUGCAUGCUUGGAAUACAGAUGUCACUACUGUCACAACAAUGCAUGCUU